CCAGCGCAGAGAGAGCGAUGGCGGAGUGCGGCCGGAAGGCGCUGUCCCUCCUGGAGGCGGCCCGCUCCCGCUACGAGAGCCUGCAGAUAUCCGACGACGUGUUCGGCGAGUCCGGGGAUGACAGCAGCGACAACCCCUUCUACAGCACCUCCGGGGACUCGGACUCGGACAACUCCAUGGCCGAGGUGGGCGAGGAGCACCACCACCACCACCACCACCACCACCACCAUCAGCACCACCACAACCACCAGAGACGAGGCGACAGGGAGAGCUCGCUCGGCGGGGUGGCAGGGGGUGGCAGCCCGGGUCCGCCCGGCUCUCUGUCCCGCAGCCAAGCAGAGGAGGAGGGCUGGACGGAGACCCUGCAGGAUGUCACCGUGCCGCCGUAUAAAGGCUCUUACGGCCCAGCUCAGAAGAUGCCCGCCACGGCCACCGCGCUGGACUUCUUCCAGCUCUUUGUCCCUGACAACUGCAUCCAGAACAUGGUCGCCCAGACCAACAUGUACGCCAAGAAGUUCCAAGAGCGCUUCGGCUCGGACGAGGGCUGGCGUCCUGUCACGGCGCAGGAGAUGAAGGCCUUCCUGGGCUUCGUCACCUCCACCAGCGUGCACCACUGCGAGUCGGUGCUCAGCAUCUGGAGCUCGGGCUUCUUCAGCAACCGCAGCAUCGCCCUGAAGAUGAGCCAGGCGCGCUUCGAGAAGAUCCUGAAGUACUUCCACAUCGUGGCGUUCAGACCGUCGCAGGGGAGCAACCAAGGCCUGUACAAGAUUCAGCCCUUCCUGGACUCGCUGCAGCAAUCUUUCAGCUGCACGUUCCGACCUUCACAGACCCAGGUUCUCCACGAACCCUUGAUAGACGAGGACCCCGUCUUCAUCACCACCUGUACGGAACGAGAGCAGAGGAAGAGGAAGAAGAGGAAGUUCAGUCUUUGGGUUCGACAGUGUACUUCUACUGGAUUCAUCUGUCAGCUCUCUGUGCAUCUGAAGGAGGGCCAAGGUGGAGACGCUCUGUCCGCCCUGAAGAACAAACCUCAGCUGCACAGUCUAGUGGCCAAGCAGCUGUGCCAGAACAUCUCUGGAAAGAACACCAUCAUCUUCACGGGGCCAUCCAUCACCAGCCUUGGACUCUUCACCGAGUUUAGCAAGCAAGAUAUCUACUGCUGUGGUCUGCUGAGCACCAGAAAGAGCGACUGCACAGGCUUGCCGCAAAGCAUGCUGGUCUGCAGCUCCACGCCGUCGCAGCGGGGCCAGUGGCGAGUGACGAUGCAAGGCAGCAUGUCGCUGAUUAGCUGGUACAACAAGGGACACUUCAGGUUCCUCACCAACGCCUACUCGCCGACCAAACAAGGUUUGAUCAUCAAGAGGAAAAGCGGCGAGGUUCCCUGUCCUCUGGCGGUGGAGGCCUUCGCCGCACAUCUCAGCUACAUCUGCAAAUACGACGACAAGUUCAGCAAGUACUUCAUCUUCCACAAGCCCAACAAGACGUGGCAGCAGGUGUUCUGGCUGAGCAUCAGCAUCGCCAUCAACAACGCAUACAUUCUCUACAAGAUGUCCGACGCCUACGCCGUCAAGCGCUACAGCCGGGCGCAGUUCGGAGAGAGACUGGUCAAAGAGCUGCUGGACGUGGACGAGUGCUCGCCCACGCCGUGAGGAUGGACGGAUGGCUGGGUGGUUGUCAGUCACACACUCCCCAACACACAUGUACAGACUGUAUGUCACCACGCGGAAGCAGUGCCAACUCUUCCUCCAGUCCUUGUACUGUAAAUAAUAUCUAACACCACUUAGGGGGGGGGAUGAUGACCAGGAAGAUUUCACCCCCCAUGAGAUUAUCUCUCUUCCAUCACUUGCCACACACAGCCCAAAAGAGGCUGAGUAAACACACAUUAGUUGUAUCAUUUUAUAUAUCAUUUGUCGUGGUUUGCUUUAGAUGAGGGGUGUGCAAAGUGCAGCACAGGGGCCAUUCUCCCUCGUUUCUUAUUGGCCCUCAGCAUACACAGUACUAAAGAUCAAAUUCAUUAUAAUGAGAUAUUAUGCUAAUUUGCUUUGUCGCAAAACUAAGAUGCCAACGUUUUCUUCAGCAUGUAUUGGCUUACAUUGGAUCGGUUUCAGCAUCUUUAAUGCACAAAUUCAAUCAAAGUGGCAUCUUUAAAAUGUUGACUCUCCCUGGAAACAAACACAACAACAAAAGUUUACUGACAAUUUAAAUGAGAAAAACCUCCUCAUUGGAGCUCCUACAAUAAUACUAAAACCAAAAAAGUUCCACAAAUCAAAUCUUUUGCACUCAAAACUGUGAAUUACUGUGAAUUAUUGAGUGGAAAAUAUUUAUGGGAAAGAGAUUCUGUAAAUGUGGAGUGAUUGGCCAAAUAAAUACCGUAUUUUUCGGAGUAUAAGUCGCUCCGGAGUAUAAGUCGCACCGGCCGAAAAUGCAUAAUAAAGAAGGGAAAAAACAUAUAUAAGUCGCACUGGAGUAUAAGUCGCAUUUUUGGGGGAAAUGUAUUUGAUAAAAGCCAACACCAAGAAUAGACAUUUGAAAGGCAAUUUAAGAUGUCUAAAGAAUAGUGAACAACAGGCUGAAUAAGUGUACGUUAUAUGAGGCAUAAAUAACCAACUGGUAUGUUAACGUAACAUAUUAUGGUAAGAGUCAUUCAAAUAACUAUAACAUAUAGAACAUGCUAUACGUUUACCAAACAAUCUGUCACUCCUAAUCGCUAAAUCCCAUGAAAUCUUAUACGUCUAGUCUCUUACGUGAAUGACAUCAAUAAUAUUAUUGGAUAUUUUACGCUAAUGUGUUCAUCAUUUCACACAUAAGUCGCUCCUGAGUAUAAGUCGCACCCCCGGCCAAACUAUGAAAAAAACUGCGCCUUAUAGUCCGAAAAAUACGGUAGUUGUCACCAUAGUUUAGAGUUUAUUGAUAUUGUUUACAAAUCACUUUAAGUGUAUACCACGCAGACUCAAGAUUGUCCUUUUUAAUCUUCUCACUCAUCCAAAGCAGUUGUCGUGUGUGUGUGUGUGUGUGGGUGCGUGCGUGCGUGCGUGCGUGCGUGUGUGUGUGUGUGUGUGUGUGUGUGUGUGUGUGUGUGUGUGUGUGUGUGUGUGUGUGUGUGUGUGUGUGUGUGUGUGUGUACUAAACUAUUAAAUGUCACACAUCCAAGUAGGAUCUUCACUUCAUGGCACCUACUGUACUUAAAUGUCAAACACAGCAGCAUAUACUAUUUAAAAAAAAAAGCCUCUAUCCAUGAUCAAAGCAUCAGUGUGUAACAAUUGUGCUGUGGAAUGGUGCGCUGGCUUGUUAAAUAGAGAUUGUUAUCGCCAGACGAGCUACUUUGAUGCAUUAUGUAACUGGUGUCAUGUUAGCUUUAGCACUAAAACAACAAACUGUGCAGCCCUUCUUAAAAUGGUGUUACGACAUGUUUGCUACUUUUCUAUUCACACUUCACAAAAGUACACAGAGCUUUUUUUAACUGCAAAAAAAAAAAAUGCAAACGCAGUUUGUUAUAUUCUUAUGCAUUUAAGGUACCAAAAGCAAUGACUUAAACAAUUCUUAAAAAGCAACAUAAUAAAAAGAAGGAUCAACUUUCAAAUUAACAUAAUUUUUAAUCAUCUGCCAUGUUUUUGUUGCAAUGAUAGGCUGCAUUUUAGCCCACUUGGAUAAGUUAAAAGUGUCAGUUAUUCUGUAGUGACCCCUUAAUUGCUUUCUUCGGACAAACAAAAUGAAAGUGGUGUAAGUACUGGAAGGAAAAUGUGUUAAGAGCUGUGCUUGCCAUGCAGCCAUAUCAAAACAAUUAACAAAUAAAUCGCCCGAGUUGUGUGGUGUGAGACGGCGUCCGCGUAAUGUGCAGUGUGUGUGUGUGUGUGUGUGUGUGUAUCUUCAUUGUGCUGUGUAUCCGUGCGGUGCUUCACCAACCAUCAUCUACAUGUCCACAGAGUCCGUAGAGAUGUGCACUGGAGGUGUCAGACAAUAACUGAAGCGUGACCUCAGGGCUCCAUCAUCACCAGAACUAACUGCACUGGUCUACAGUAACACUAUCAAUACUAACAUUACAUACAGUAGGUGGACGUGCUUACAGUAGAAGCUUACUGGGUGCUAUCUGUUGAAAGUAGACUCCAAAUGACAGCAGCCAAGUAGAGGGUGUGUGAGAUUGUAUAUGCAUGUGUUGUUAACGCUGGGUUGAGUCAAAUGUGUACGAUAACAGGACCAAAUAAAUUUCAGAAAUGUGUGUGAGUUGUACAAGGCUGCAGUAUCACUGUCUUCUUUGAAAAUAAAUACUUAUUUAGGGCUAUCAGACACAUUGAGCAAACAAAAAUUAAAAACGAUCGCAUUAAUCAUGUAUAUAUGCAGAUUAACCACGCAAUUUAUUUUGAUCCUACAUGCUCUUUUAUCUUAAAGUCGGGCGGCAGCAAGGAUUGCUAGACGGUCAGCGAGACGAGUGAGGAGACUACAAAUUGUACUUCAAAAUACACACACCCAGCAGGCACAAGACGUUGGUACAACAUUGAUUAGACGUACAUGUCCUUUAAAACUGACUUUGAAACAACGCUGCAAAAUAGUUGUAUUUGUAAAAUGAGACAACGUUGACGUCUAACGUUGGAUCCACAUCAUUAGUUGGAAAAUAACCAAAAUUCAAUGGUCAAAUCAAAAUCAGAAACCGACAAUGAUUAAAAGUUGUCAAAAAGCAUGUUGUUUCAACGUUGUAGUUGUGUUGUAGAAUAUUGUUUGGGAAAUGACCAAAAUUCAAUGGUCAAAUCAAGGUCAGAACCCAACAUUGAUUAAAAGUUGUCAAAAAGCAUGUUGUUUAAAUGUUGUAUUUGUGUUGUAGAAUGUUGGUUGAAAAAAUGACCAAAAUUCAAUGGUCAAAUCAACGUCACAACCUGACAUUGAUUAAACGUCGUCAAAAAAGCAUGUUGUUUAAAUGUUGUAUUUGUGUUGUAAAAUAUUGGUUGGGAAAUGACCAAAAUUCAAUGGUCAACUCAAUAUCAGAAACCAACAUUGACGAAACGUUGUCAAAAAGCAUGUUGUUUCAAUGUUGUAGAAUAUUGUUUGGGAAAUGACCAAAAUUCAAUGGUUAAAUCAAUAUCAGAAACCAACAUUGAUUAAACGUUGUCAAAAAGCAUGUUGUUUCAAUGUUGUAUUUGUGUUGUAGAAUAUUGGUUGGGAUAUGACCAAAAUUCAAUGGUCAAAUCAACGUCACAACCUGACAUUGAUUAAACGUUGUCAAAAAGCAUGUUGUUUCAACGUUAUGUUUGAGUUGCUCAACAAGUUCUCAACAUUGUUUCAAUGUCUUGUGCCUGCUAGGAAGAUGGGACUUGAGAUAAAACUGUAAAUGGUAAAUGGGUCGUACUUGUAUAGCGCUUUUCUACCUUUUUAAGGAACUCAGAGUGCUUUGACACUAUUUUCCACAUUCACACACUGAUGGCGGGAGCUGCCAUGCACGGCGCUAACCAGGCCCAUCAGGAGCAUGGGUGAAGUGUCUUGCUCAAGGACACAACGGACGUGACUAGGAUGGUAGAAGGUGGGGAUUGAACCAGUAACCCUCAGAUUGCUGGCACGGCCACUCUCCCAACUUCGCCACGCCGCCCCCAAGCAAGUAAGCAAGUUUGGAGUAAAUAAAUGGCGUGCAUUCAUCUACAACAUUUUUAAAAAUGUUCCUGUAUGACAU